AUGAACCGUGAGAAAAAGUCGAACUCUUUCAAUGAUACCCCACAGGCUGAGAAUCGCAUUGAAUACACAACACAUAUUUCUAGUUCAUCCCGUUCGAGGGCCACACUAAUGGUGAGCUCCAAGAAGGCAAGUUUACUACUUCUGCAGGUACAUAGCGCGGAGAACGCAAGUUCGAAAAAAAAUUCAGCGACCUCAGAAGGACUUUGGGUGUUUUCAAAUCUUUUUUUCAUUCCAUUUGAAAUUUCUACGAGUUCGAGCAGCUCCAGUUUUCGAACCGCGGGCAGAGCACACCGCCCGGACCAGCGAAAAGCAAUCGUGGAACAUGAGUUUGGCUCCUUUUGGAAUGAACAGGACCUUUCUCAAAAGCUGAAUUGCUUUUUUGCAAGCACAUAA